GAAGACGAAAACAGCUCGUGUAAAACCCUAAGGCUUUUACGAAUCUCAACUAAAAACACUUACAGUAGUAUUUAUCUGAUACAGAGAUCCUGUUACCGAUUCCCCGGGAAGAAAGCAAGACCAAAAUGGGAGGCAAGUGCCCACACAGAAGAGUGAAGAAGAGGCGGCUAGAUCACAAAUCUGCACGCCGUGCUAAAUUCCUUGUUAAAGGCGAUGAUGCUAUUUAUGACCAGUUGCAGGACGAAAAUAAGCCCCUCCCCAUCGAUGAAGAUCUCCCCGGAAUGGGUCAAUUCUAUUGUUUGCAUUGCGACCGCUAUUUCGCUAAUGUUUCUGUCAGAGACGAACAUUUCAAGACCAAGCGCCACAAGAAAAGGGUAAAGCAAAUGGAAGGGCCUGCUCCUCAUACACAACUAGAUGCAGAUCUUGCUGCUGGUAUGGGCAUGCCUGACAAUGGACCAAAGUUGCAGGAUACUGCUUUUCCUAUGUCAUUUUAACAGAAGCUAAAGAAACCAAUCAAUACGUGGUAGAAUCUGCCAAGGUGACCUUGCAAGAAAUUUUUGGGAGGGUAACUCAGAAAGUUCCAAGGAAUGUUCACAGGAUGAAAUUCAAGGAGUUUUGUCUACAUCAUCCCCACUCCCGUACGAUCAACUCAAUUUUAAGGUGUACUUGUAGUCUGAUAUUUUGUAAUACUUGUUAGAUGGGCAACAGUGUUUACCCUGAAAUGGGUCAUCAUUGUUUUUUUAAAGUCUGAGUUGCAAAUCUAAUUUUUAAUUGUUUAAAUAUUGAAUCGGUAUAUGCCAGCUUUUCAUAUCAGAAUUUUUCUUUGAUAUUUUUGAAUUAUUAUGACCUGAGUUUGCACCUUGGAAUAGAGUUAUUCUGACAGGUGGUCUUUAUGGAAUUUGUACCAUUCCAAGAACAGGAUUAUUGUAAUCACAACCACGGGUUUGGUUUGUUUUGUUUUGUUAAUCGAGACACAUGAUUUACAAGGUGAUGAAAGUGGAAUCAUAGACAAUUUUUUAAAGAUUAUCUUGUUAAUACUUUUCACUUUAGGUUCCGAACUGUUUUAAACAAACUAUUGUUAUGAGCCAUAUUUAUAUAUGGCUAAAUGUUAAAAGAGUACGAGCCCAUUGGCCCCAUUGAUACCA